GAUAUCGGAAAGCAAACUUUGAGCAAAUGACAACCACUGACAGAGACAGGAACAAACAUUACCCACAAACGAGAACUCGAACAGAAUCCAUAGAAACCCAAACAGAUAAAUAUAUAGAGACAUUAUGUUGAGUCGUGAUGCAAAGCCUUUGCAGGCCCAAGUGGGUUUUAAACAUGCAUUUCCACCGGAGGGUUUCUUUCCACUGCCACCGGCGGAGUCGCAUCUCUGUCGCGAUGCGUACCUCAAGGCGCUGCUGGCCCCUUUUGAGAGUGUAUCCGAGGAUGCAAGCGAAGAGCCGGAAGAGGAUUGGGUGCCAAAAAAGGAUUUUUUUGCUACGAAAAAAUUCGAGAUCGAGUUCAUGAUGAUAAGUAGACGACGCACCACAAUGUGGAAGCCCACGAAGUAUCGCCCGUCGGCCAUUAAUGUGAACUUGAGAUCCUCCGCCUACGAUCUAAGUGCACUGGUCAAGGCCCGCUACGUGAGGCUGUUGGAUGGAUUUGGCAUUUCCUGCAUCACCUAUCUGCUGGAGAAGAUCAUCAAGAAGAUUGAGAUCAUGCGCACCAUUCCGCCCGAGGGCACCGAUCCAAAGAAAACCAUUUUUGGUUGGUCCUGUCAUGAAUAUUUCGAACGUUUCAAGAAGCAUAGCGAUACGAUUUAUUUGGAUACCUUUUUGUUCGACCAAACCGCAGCGCAGCUGCAGGACCUCAAAUACUAUGUCGAUCUGGAGGAGAUUGUCCGUCUAAUGAGAUCUUUGAAGAACGAUUUGAUAGAGAAUAAUGAUUUGUGUCAGGGUUUUGGGGCAUUGUUGCGAGACAUUCAGGUGGAUAUCAUGGAGGUGCUGGCCAAGCCCUACGAGGACAUGUACACCGAACACGAUAAUCUCGCCACGCAAUUGUUUAAGGCCAGACAGGGAAAGUGUCACGAUCCGAAAAUGAUUUCCAAACAUCGUAUACUAAAAAGGGAGCAACAAUACCUCAUGGAUUACAAAGCUCCCAUUGAGACACGUUAUCAGAUUGAUUGUAUCCGCAAUAAGUUGGAGCAGAAAGAUUUCGAAGAUGCAAGUAAAGUAAAGAUAAUCCAAGAUGAACUCGACAAACUGAAAGAGCUGACUGAUACGGAUACCAAAGUGUGGAAUGGUGCAAGCCGUAAGUACACGUCCCUGAUUGAAGAGUACACGAAUCGCAUCAAUUUAACGCAAGAGUGCUACGACGAGGACAUGGAGACUGCCGAAAAUAACGUACAGAUGACACUGAACAAGCUGAACAAGUGCAAGGACGACCUGACGAGCUAUCAGGAGAAGGUGCAAAUGUUUCAUUUGAAAAUCGCAGAGACGCGCGCAAAAAUAGCCAAAGAAGAGGCGGCAGAGCUGGAGAAACUUAGAAUACUGGAGGAAAAGCAAGCAAGAAAAAGUGAAUUGAAGGAAAAAGCCAAAGCCACAGGCAAGAAUGGCAAGAAAGAAAAGAAGAAAAAGUAAACAACACUCAAGGAAACGAUCUCGGAUAAGAUAUGUAACGAUAAGGAGAGUUCUAGGUAAUGUUUCAAAAAUACUUUGAGCUAUAAGCAGCUCAGCAGAGAAAACGUUGGAACG